AGCUUACAACGUAAUUUCCAGAAAGGCUGUUUGGAACAUGAAGUUCUUGGCACAAUGGCAGUUAAAGGUUCUUCCAAAUAACGCCCAAGCAGCAUUUCAACUGCCCUCCGACCACUGCUGUGUUACUAUGGAUUCACUACGGGAUGGGCCUUCGGAAAUGGCUCAUUCGACUUCAAGUAGCGUUCGCGCGCCCAACAUUGCAGAGGAAAGUUUUCCGCUCACCCAAAGACCGUCCGACUCUGUCAACCCACCACGCAUAAGUGUUGCAAGUAGCAAACCUCAGAACAGUCCUUUCUUGUUGACUCUCCGAAGAGCUGCAACUUUGAUGGUACAGCCGGAGAAACCGGUAGCCAAAGCCCCCAAUGUGUGGAGAAGCAUUAGAGCAAUCAUUCUUGCUUCAUGGUUAAAUGUCUUACUGGUUUUUAUCCCGAUAUCUUGGACCAUCAACUUCGCUCUACCCGAUCAGCACACUCUUAUAUUUAUUUUUACAUUUCUGGCUAUCAUACCGCUAGCCAAGCUUCUCGCCUUUGCGACUGACGAGCUUUCACUACGAGUCGGUCAAACUCUAGCUGGUCUUCUCAACGCCACAUUAGGAAAUGCCGUCGAGCUCAUCGUAUCGAUCAUUGCGCUCGCGAAGUGUCAGCUUACAAUCGUUCAAUCAUCCUUGGUAGGCUCCAUCCUGAGCAAUCUCUUACUGGUACUGGGCAUGUGUUUCUUUGCCGGUGGCCUCCGCUUCUCGGAACAGGGAUUUGGUCAAAGUGCCGUGCAACUUAAUUCGUCAUUACUCACCAUUAGCGUCAUUGCUGUUCUAUUACCUGGGGCCUUUCACAUGGCACUGCAGGGACAACCACAAUACAAUGAAUCGUCGACCGACUACAACAUAUUAAAAACUAGCCAUGGCGUUGCAAUUAUUCUCCUUUUCAUCUACGCCUCUUAUCUGGUUUUCCAGUUAUUUUCGCACAAAGCCCUUUACGAUGACAACAAUCAAGAUAUGCAACCGACCAGGGGCUACAAGCCGGGCGAGAAUCCAUUCCGGUUAAGCAGGAUACGCAAUCAUAAGAAUAUCACGGAAGGCCAAACAGUAUCUUCGCCGAAUUCGAUACAUGAGAGAGAGGCAGCCACAACCUCACGUUUAUCCCGCUCAGAACCUAUCCCCGAUGUGGAACCUGGGAGUCAUUCUACAGCAUCCUCAGAGACCGAAGCUUCUGAGCAACCACUGAUGAGCCUCGCCGUAUGCCUCUGGCUUUUGGUUGGUGUAACGGUGUUGGUCGCUGUCACUGCGGAGUUCCUCGUUGACUCAAUCGAUGGUUUGACUGCCUCGGGAUCGAUCAGCAAGGAGUUUGUUGGUGUUAUUUUACUCCCAAUCGUCGGUAAUGCAGCGGAACACGUCACUGCAGUUACGGUAUCCGUCAAGGAUAAAAUAACUCUAAGCUUGGGCGUUGCUGUGGGCUCGAGUAUUCAAAUUGCACUCUUUGUAAUUCCCUUCAUCGUGACACUUGGCUGGAUUAUGAACAAGCCAUUGACGCUUCUCUUUGACCCGCUGGAGUCUGUCGUGUUGUUCCUUUCCGUUCUCACUGUAAAUUAUGUCGUACAGGACGGCAGGUCAAAUUGGUUGGAAGGAAUGAUCCUCAUGUGCUUGUAUUUGAUUUUGGCUGUAACGUUUUGGUAUUAUCCUGGCACCGAUGGGAUCUUCCCGAAUUGUUAGGUCACCCCCGGAGCAUCUUCGUCAAAUGGAGGGCGGUGAUGGGUUGAGCACCAGAUUUCGACUUCACAUACUUUCUAUCAGAUCAGUAUUUCGUAUCAUACCUUCAACACACUAGUCGCCUGUCCCUUCUGUCCAGUUUUACCUCCCAGCCGAUAUACCAUUGUUCCACACAGAAAUUGAGGUGACUAUUCAUGCAGAA